AUGUCAUCUGAAAAGAAAGUGCUUGUUACCGGCGCGUCCGGAUUUGUCGCAACACACAUAGUUGAAGCCUUCCUUAAUGCCGGUUACAGAGUCCGCGGCACCGUUCGAUGCGAGCAGACAGCCGACCUUGUCCGCCAGACCUUUCCCGAGUAUGCGUCGAAGCUGGAGUUGUCCAUAGUACAGGAUAUCGCGAAGCCUUCCGCAUUCAGUGAAGCGGUUCGGGGGUGUCGACGGGGUAGUCCAUACCGCAGGCCCCUUCAAGAUAGACGUGGAGGACAAUGA